AUAUACGCUUAGCAAAACACCAUGGCAACAAGAAAAAGGGGAUUUCAGUCACCUUCGAUAAAGAAUCAAGGAAAAAAACCUUGUAACAGCGCGUGUGGUAUUUAUGAUCGACCUGUUUCUCUAGGUGGGUUCACAGAUGACUCAAAAAGUCUAGAGAAGUGUCGACCCGAAGGAACCAUCUGCGGUAAAUCUUAUUAUGGACUCCAAAACCUGAGGGCCACAUGCUACUUGAAUGCAGUGCUGCAGACACUAUUCAUGACCAAGCAAUUCAGGGAGGCUGUGGAGAGCUUAAAACCGAGUACAACUUUUGAAGAUCAUUUAAAAAAGUUAUUUCAAAAGUUAAAGAAAGGCACUGCAGUUGUGGAAGAUGGUCUUCUAAUAAAUCUUGGCAUCACAAAUAAAUAUGAACAAGAUGCUGCAGAAUACUUUCAGAAGAUUGUGAGUUUAUGCAGCUUUACCAAGAUCUAUCAUGGAGAACUUAAAUAUUCUACCAAGUGCCAGAAGCAUGGACAUGAAAGUGAACCAGAAUGCAGCUCAUUUGUGAUUCUGCCACUGGCUAUUGAAUCGCAUCACAGCUACAAUGUGAUGGAUGGUUGGAAGCAGUUCUUCAAGCCCUCAGUUCUGAAUGGUGAUAAUCAGCUGUACUGUGACGUUUGUGAAAAGAAGACAGACACAGAAACAGAAUGUGAAUUAGUGAGUUACCCUGAAGUCUUAACCUUACAACUGAAGAGGUUUGACUUUGACUACAACUACAUGAUGUAUAUGAAGAACAACUGCAAAGUGGAAAUUCCCCUUCAGCUACAAGUCAGUCAGGAGCUCUAUAAGCUCUAUGCUAUAAUUGAACAUAGAGGUUCUGUGAAAUCUGGACAUUACUACACCAUCAUCAAGUCAUUUCAGGAUGGAAAUUGGUACCAUUUUAAUGACAGCUGGGUCACUCAAGUUAGCCCCAAGAUAGUCGAUGAGAACAUCAUCACGUCUGAACAUGCCUACAUGCUGCUGUACACAAGACGAGUCAGUGGUUCUGCUGAAAGCUGCACCGAUGAAAGACACAAAGUUUCUGGUAAAAGUAACGGUAAGAAUGAAGGAGAGGAGCUUGGUGAAAAUGAUGUUGCCACUCUUAACAAAGGAGGCCAUUUGGAUGUGGAUGCUGCCAGAGGAUUUCAAAAGGUUGAUGGACACAAAAGAGGCCCUAAGGAAAUAUAUAACUCCCGGACCGGAUACCGGGACCCCACCCUGGAGCUAGGCCUGGGUGUGGGAGCCUGCUGGUCAGGCCUUUACCCAUGA